AUGGCCACAGCAGAGUGCACCCCUGAUGAACCUCUGCUCAGAGGCAAAAGGAGGCAAGAUCUCCAAGAGAUGCUGAGAGAAGCAGGACUGGAUGUUGAGUACUGGUUGCCCAAGCUGAAGGAAGACCUUGGUGUGACCUGUGCCCAGGCACUACAAUAUUUAAAAGAAAAAGACCUUCAGAAGCUGAAAUCCCAGGUACAACAUCCAUGGGAGAAAAGGGCCCUAGAGAAGCUGAUUGAACAGUCACACUCAAAUGGUUUUCCAGGGUUACAGGAAUCACUGUUGGAGACGAUAAGGAAAAAGCAGAAGCAGGCAGAACAAGCACUGCAGGAGCUAAGAAGUUUGCUGUCAGAAGGGAGGCAGAGACAGGAAGAGGAAGUGAGGAAAAAAGAAGCAGAGCUGAGGCAAGCCAUGGAGAUCCCUGAAGAGUACUGGCCAGUGCCUGAAAAGCCCCUCAGGGAUGUCACGGAAAUCAUGCAGAGACAACUCAGUCUCUUGGAGCAGACACUGUCCCACAUGAAAAACCUCCCAGACAGAGAUCUAAUAAGAUGGGCAUCUGGAGGGCUGGCCUUGCAGGGAAUUUACAAAACCAGUCACCAAACUGACCUGAUACAGAAGAGAGAGGAGCUACUCAGUGUCCCCAAGGAUUUCUCACUUUUUGGCCCUCAGCAGGGCACAUGGAUGGAAACAAAGGACUUUACAUCUUUUCAAGAAGAAUCCAUGUUCACCCAGACUAUAGAGAAGGUGGGCUUCAGUAUCACUGCCUCUGCCAAAGGUGAAGGCUGGAAAUAUAGUCUGGAAGCUGGAGUGGAUAAAAGCAAACAUUCAGAAUCCAAGGAAACUGAACAAUCUCAUUCUAAACAUUCUUAUUUCUGCUCAAUUAAAUUUAGCUACGUCCCCCUGGCCUCUUGCCACUUUCCCAUUGAUCAACUCCAGUUCUCCAAGCCUGCUCUUCAGGAAUUGAAAUGCAUUGAAAAUCUCCUGGAUCAGACUGCAGAUCCAGACAUAUUCCCUUUGCUGAGGCACAGGACUGAGAACUUCUUCCAUAGGUUUGGUUCUCAUGCUAACCAAGGCCCUCUACAUCUGGGAGGAAUCUACUGGUGGAAGGCAAUUUCAGAGGGUUUUCAAAGUGAACAGCUGGCUGAUGUAAAGCAGCAGAUAGCAGAGGCUCUGAAUAUUUACAUAAAGGGCAGCUUCAGUGGCUUUGGGGUAAAUGUAGCUGCAGGUAUGAAUGUAUCAGAUGCUCUUUCCAAAAAAGCCUCUCAGAGCCAAACUUUACAAAAUCUCCAAAACAAAGUCCAAUUAUCUGUGACUCAGACAGGUGGCCCACAAGAAGCAGAUGGCCUCGUCCAGUGGAAAGCUGGCCUUGUUGCCAGCAAUCAAACUUGGUGUGUCAUUGACCGGGGACUUCAGCUAGUGCCCAUUUGGGACAUCAUCCUCUCCAGCCACAGAAGUGAUUUUAAGGAUCCCCUUAAGGUAGCUAACUGCCUGAAAGACAACUACGCUGCUCUGACUGGCCUCACUGCCCAGAUCCAGGAUGGAGACGAAUUAUUGAGUGCUAUGCAGGAGGCUAGAAUUUUCCUAGAUGAUGUGAAAUCCUGGGAGAUAUCUGAUCCUGAAGAACAGCUUCAAAAACUGAUAGAUUUCAUGCAAAUGUUGAGUCAAAAAAUAAAAGGUUAUGACACUUGGAUUAACACAUGCCUCACGGACUGGGAUCUUCAGAAUUUUCUAGUAAACAUUUUCAACUUUUGCAAAAGCUCUUCAAUCCAUAAAACUAGAUUUAUUAAAUCACAGUUUCACAGCCUUCUCGAUCCUCACGUCUACAAAGUGACAAACUUUCCUCAGGCUCACUCCAUCAUGCAGUGGAUAAACCAAUCAGAGUCAGAGCAAGAGCAACUCAACAUCUCUCAAUUUUCUGAGUUCAUUAAAAUUUUAAAAGAAACACAGGAUGAACUUUUAGAAGUGAAUGUCAAUUCAGAGACCCCAGAAACGGUAGAAGAAGCUCAAAGAAAGGCUACCUAUGAGGUCUGCUUAGCUCUCAGCUGCUUCUUGAAUCACCUCCAAGCAACAGAGCAGCCAGACAAGCAGCUCUUGCUACUUUCCAUUGCAGCUGGUGCAGGAUAUCAGGUGGUAAGCAAUACUUUUCAGUAUCUUCUAGGGUGCAAUGAGUUAAACUUCUUACUGGAUGAAAUGCAAACUGCUCACAAUAAAUACCAAGAGCUCAAAAAUAUUUGCAACUAUAGAGCUCAAGCAUUCCUUAUGCUCACAGGUCUGACUGCCACAUCUGGAAUUGCAGCUGUUUCUACAAAAGACAAAAUACAGCGCAUGGCAUUUAUGAGACAUCAUAUAGAACAGUCACUGUCUAAAGAAGUUUUACAAGUCCUCAACAAACUUGGUGCAGAUUAUGAUUGGCAAAAUCUAGAAAAAGACUUGAAGUUACUCAUUGAUGGGGAUUAUGAAGCUACCAUCUCUUCAUUGCAAAUGGACAAGGUGAGAAAACAAUUGCAAAGUCUUUUCCAUGGAAAGAAACAUUCCCAGGAACCACAUGAUAAUAAAAAUAAUAAAUGGAAGGUGAUAAAAAAUGGAGCCUUCCUAGACUUACUCCAGCGUCUAGGCCUAGAACAUUACUACCCAAAAAGGAUGAGUAGAGCUAAUUUCCAUCUUAUUUACAAGAUUUCUGUGUACAACACCCAGCCCAAAUCUGAAUGGGAACUUCCUUUCUAUUUCCUUCAGAAAUUACUUAUGCUGGAUUAUGGACUGAGACACUUGAUCUUCAAAGAUGAUGAAAACACAGAUCAUCAGGUCUGUCCAAGUGCUUCAAGUGAGGAAAAUGAGGUUUUAGAUCCAUAUGAAGACUUUGUUGAAGACAGUGAUAGUCUUACUGAUCCUUUAGUCUCUAAGCCCAGACCCCAUAUUCACCCAAUGGAUAUUCAGAUGGCAAUUUUUCACUGUGCAGAUGAUUUUGCCAGACAAUAUAUUUUGGGCAAACUUUCCAUUUGUCAAUUUGCCCUCCCUCUUCUGGUGCCAAAUCCCUGCACUUCUCAAAUUGAAUUCUCUCUCUGGUCUCUCAGACAAAUUAGGAGAAGUUGGCAGCAAGGAAGCAAAUUACCACAAGGGAAGAACAACACUUACAAGAAUCUUCGUAUGUGCCAGGUUUCCACCCCCAUUGUGUCCUUCAUUCGAGUUGGAAAUGGCCUAUCUGCUUCCAAAUCUCAGAUCAUGAACUGUCUUCUCAGUAAACGUAAACAUGAUGUGUUUUUCCAUCGACACUGCAGAGGAAGCAGCAAAGAUUGUCUCUUGAUGGGGGGUGUGGUAGAAAUCUGUUGGUUCUGCCCUGGAGGGGAAGAGGAGGACAGGUUUGACAAUUGUGUGACCUUCACCAAUCUUCAUGGAGAUGCAAAGGAACAUAAAAGGCAGCUUACCUUCCUGCAGGACAUCUCUUCUCUCAUCGUGGUCCUCAUGUCAGCUUCUGAUGACAAUAAAGACAACCAAAGCGUAGUCCGUGACCUGUGGCAGUCAUCAAGACCUCUGAUCUGCUUGCUUGAUGACAAAGAAAAAUCCAAAGCCAAUAAUUGUAGUAGAAGAGUGAGAAUUGGCAUCAGGAAUAGAAAUGAGGCAGAAUUGACAGAGGAGCUCACAACUACCAUCAGACAUUUGCUAGAGCUCUCUGACACAGCUCUCAGCCUAGAGGACUGUUCUCAGAUUGCUCUUAAGCAAGGAUUUCUGGUUGAUGAACACCAAAGAGAUUGCAAGGAAGCCAAAGAAAAGGCACAAACUAUAUUGGCCCUCCUGGGGGAAACAAAGUUAUCUCAUGUGAAAGAGAACUUACUACCCCUUCAGGGACAACUAUGGCACCUUUGGUGUAAGAAGGACAAAGAAUUCUAUCAUCUGAGAGAAAAGGGAAAUCGGAGCAUUGAACAACACAAGACUGAGAUUGAAACAGAUAAACAAAGAAUACGACAUCAACAGUUGAGAAAAGCCUUUCCUCUUAAUGAGUUAAUGCAAUCUGUCCUUCAAAUUCUCCAAGAGCAUUCAGAAACUCACACCAAACUCUACUUCUUUCAGUGGCUGGGUAUAUUUUUGGACAACCUGACUGCAGAACACUUGGAAAAACUUCGUGAGAAACAAAGAUAUUUGUGGUCAAUAGAACAAACAGAAAAGCAAAGGGCACAAAAGAGCAACUCCCUGAGACUCUGUCAAAAUGAGAUAGAAUCCAUCUCUACUGAGAUUAAUGACUGCACCUUAGGAAUUGAGCAAUUACUCAGAGAGGUUGGCCAGAUCUAUGAAGCUCUGGAAGAAACUUCCUCCACAAGAGAUAUACUUUUUCUCUCCCUUCCCCAAAUUGCUGCAGACCUGAUGAUAUCUGGUGUCCCCAUAGAGCUGAUGGAUGGAGAUGCUUCCUAUGUGCCCCUAAAGUGGGUAUCAGCUGUUUUUGACAAGCUCUCUGAGAAACUUGGAGACAAACGGCUCUUUGUUCUCUCUAUCCUUGGCCUGCAGAGCUCAGGGAAGUCCACCCUACUAAAUGCUCUUUUUGGGCUGCAGUUCACUGUAAGUGCAGGCAGGUGUACCAGGGGAGCCUACAUGCAGCUCCUGAAAGUGGAUGAGUCAUCCAGAGAGGAACUUGGCUUUGACUUUGUGCUUGUUGUAGACACAGAAGGACUUCGGGCCCCAGAACUCAGCAACAAGUCCCAGAAUUGGGACAAUGAGUUAGCCACCUUUGUCAUUGGAAUUGGAAACUUGACUCUGAUCAAUAUUUUUGGAGAGAAUCCAUCAGAGAUGCAGGACAUCCUACAAAUAGCUGUCCAAGCCUUUCUGAGGAUGAAAAAAGUGAAAAUCUUCCCAAGUUGCCUGUUUGUUCAUCAGAAUGUGGGAGAAGUUACAGCUAAAGACCAAACUAUGGAAGGACGAAGGUGCCUAGAACAGAAGCUAGACGAAAUGGCAAUAACAGCUGCUGAACAAGAAGAGUGCUCAAAUGUAACCCACUUCAGUGACGUUAUAAAGUUUGAUGUCAAUACUCACGUAUACUACUUUGCUCACCUCUGGGAUGGCAAUCCCCCUAUGGCCCCUCCCAAUCCUCGAUAUAGCCACAAUGUCCAAGAACUGAAAAGUAGAAUUCUUUUAACUGCCAAACAUGAAUCCAGGGGUAACAUCAUGAAGAUAUCAGAUGUAAAAUUCAGAGUUCAAGAUUUGUGGAGAGCCCUGGUAAAUGAGAAUUUCAUUUUCAGUUUCAGAAACACACGAGAGGUCAUGGCCAUGAGCAAACUAGAAACCAUGUAUAACCACUGGACCUGGGAGCUCAGAAGUCAUGUGCUGGACUUGCAGAAUCAACUAAUCAACCAGAUUCAGAAUGGAAAGAUCCACACACUCAAUGCUAGCAUAUUUGAGGCAUCAGUUACAGAAAAAUAUAUAGCUAUCAAGCAAGAACUUGAAAAAUAUUUUAAUGAAGACCCAGAUAAUGAAAUACUGGUUCAAUGGAAAGCAAAUUUUGAAAAUAAGCUACUCAUCCUUAAAGAGGCACUUAUUUCAGAUAGUAAAAGAAAAGCCAAUGAACUUAUUCAUUUUAAAAAAAAUCAAGAAAGGUUAGAUAAGAAAAAGAUAGGUUAUGAAAAUGAAUUAUUGGAAAGGAGCAGAAAAUUAGCUUUAACUGUAAAGGGUAAAGAAUUGAGUGAGGAAGAGUUAUAUGAGAAAUUCAACCAACUGUGGAAAAAAUGGGUCUAUGAUGUGUCUUCAGAUCUCCCUCAAGUUAUAGAGCCUGACAUUGAUGUAGAUUCUGAAAGCAUCCUUUGGGAAUAUUUCCAAAAGGAGGCAGACAUGGUAGACAUACUAAAGAGAGAUUCUGGAGAGAAGUUUCAAAUCAAUUAUGAUGAACAUAUCAAAAUGAAUAAAAAAUAUAACUUUAUGACAAGGACACUAAAGCCCCGUGAUAUAGAAUCCAUUAAUAUGAUUACUGACCACAUUGUUGCAAGAUUUAAUGAAACUAUUAACAACAUUCAGAGGCAACAAUGUGAUUACAAUCCAAGUUAUUUCCAUGAAAUCCUAAGAAUCAUAGAUGAGGAAGUAAAAUCUGCAUUCACUGAAAAAAGAUACACAUUUACAAGUAAAUAUAACACUGAAUUAUCUUUGUGUUUAUUCCAAAAAGCAUCAAAGAGUUUUAAGGAAAUGCACAAAGCAUUCAAAAGAGCAAAUGAUCCUGUAAACUAUCUAGAAAGCAAGAAAGAUGAUUUCUUUAUGAGCUUUAAGAUCUCCUGUCAGGGUGCAACUUCCAUCAAAACAUUUGUUGAUUUUCUGUGGCACAAGCUAACUCCUGCUGUCUCUGCCACUAUAUGGGAAAAAAUGAUCAUUAAAAUAGCUGGGGACAUGCAAGCAACCUGCCCUGCGUUCAAUGGAAACAGGGCUAACCUGGAGAAACACAUUCUUAUUUCUCUGGCAGAAGAAGAAAACUUUGAUAAUUAUUGGCAAUAUCUUCAUAAUACAAAAUCUUUUUUUAGCAGUUACAUUGAAAACCAUAUCAAAAGAUAUUGUUCACACAAUGGAAGUGAAAAAAUAAAGACUUUUUUCAAAAUAAGUUUAGACAACAUCAAGAAUGCCAUCCUUUCUGCCAUUCGUGAAUCCACAGCGGUAGCUAAGGAUAAAAGCAGCACUGUGUCUGAAUGGUUGGAUUUGUUCUGUGAUCACCUGGGAAACAAUUUGUUCUUCCCCCGAAGAGAUCUGAUAAGCAUUGAGCACCAGGAGAUAAAAGAUAUUGAAUUUCUGAAAGAAGCCAUGAGUGCAGCUUUGGAUCCUGCAAUGAAGAAAGUAGAACAGAAUUGUUCAAGUAUGCCUAUAGAAGAAAUGGUCCCUGAAAUUGAGAAAAUCCUCUCUGAACAUCUCUGUGGCUGCUGGAAACAAUGUCCCCUAUGCAAUGCAAUUUGUACAAACACAAUUCCUACACAUGAAGGAGAUCAUAGCGUUCCAUUUCACCGUCCCCAGGCUGUGAAUGGAUGGUAUAAGCAUAAAACAGACCAUUUUGUAAUUGACUGCUGUACUAGUUCAGUAGCAAGUAAUCGUUUGAUGUAUCUGGGAAAUGACCAGGAAAUCCCUUAUAAGAACUAUCGGCAGGCAGGAGGGGACUAUGCCACAUGGAGCAUCACCCCAGAUUCAUCCACCCAGCCAUAUUGGAAAUGGUUUGUCUCACAUUUCAGAUCUAAAUUAGAAGAAAAAUAUCAGAAAAAAUUUACAGAUACUGGUAAAAUCCCUGAUGCAUGGGCCAAAAUCACAAAGCAGGAUGUGCUUGAUGACUUGAAAAAUCAGUAA